AUGUGUCAGGUGAGACCAUACGACAAGACGGUGGAGAUCACGGAGCUGGAGGUGCCAGAGUCGCCCAGGGCAGGAGACGACGUCACCCUCACCUGUCGCUUCAAGCUGCACGGCAGCGGACACAACGUCUAUACCGUCAACUGGUGGCGGGGCAAGGACCAGUUCUACACCUACAAGGGCACCAACCACGACUCCAAACAUCCCUUCACCUUUCGCGGUAUACAGGUGAAAAAGGAGGAGUCGACGCGGGAGUCAGUUGUACUCAAGAAUGUAUCUGAAGACACUUCAGGGGUCUUCAAGUGUGAGGUGAUGGGUGAGGGUCCCUCCUUCAGGACAGCUGUCGAGACCAAGGUCAUGAAUGUCAUAGUGCCGCCGAAGACCGUGGAGGUACACUCCUGGGCCGACCCAGACCCGCCCACCUACCGUGCGGGUGAAACUAUCCAGAUUAACUGCACGGCUAGAGGCGCCAAGCCCAGAGCUCACAUUAUGUGGGAGAUCAACGGAAGACCGUUAGAAAUAAAUGGCAGCGUUAAUCGAUGA